CGAGCUCUAGACAUUCUGUUGAAAAAGCUUGGACCCGAGCAUGUUCAUGUCGCUGAUAUUUACUAUGGCUUGGGUACUGUACAGAGUGAAUUGGGUGACCUGCAAAAGUCUAAGGAGUGUUAUCAACGAGCUCUAGACAUUCGGUUGAAAAGGCUUGGAUCCGAGCAUGUUGAUGUCGCUGAUACUUCCUAUGACUUGGGUAUUGUACAGCGUAAAUUGGGUGACCUGCAAAAGUCUAAGGAGUGUUAUCAACGAGCUCUAGACAUUCGGUUGAAAAAGCUUGGACCCGAGCAUGUUGAUGUCGCCCGUAAUUACUUUAAAUUGGGAAAUGUAGAACGUGAAUUGUGUAACCUUCAAAAGGCUAAGGAGCAUUUGGAGUGUGCUCUAGACAUUCAGUUGAAAAAGCUUGGUCUCAAGCACCUUGAAGUCGUGGAUACUUAUCAUAACUUAGGCAUGGUGCAUCGUAAAUGGAAUAAUCUGGGACAGGCCAAGGAAUAUCACGAACAAGCACUGGCUAUACGCCUGAAAAAUCUUGAACCCGAACAUGUUGAUUUGGCGAAUUCAUACCACCAUUUGGGUAAUGUGCAAUUAGCGUUGGAUAACAUGCAACAGGCCAAAGAGCUAUACGAACGUGCUUUACAUAUCCAGUUGAAGAAUCUCGAACCUGACCAUGUUUAUGUGGCAUUUUCCUACGAAGGUUUGGGUGAUGUACACCGUGAAUUUGGCGACCUGGAACAGGCCAAGGUGUACUUUAAACGAGCUUUAAACAUUCGACUGAAAAAACUUGGUCCCGAACAUGUUGAUGUAAGGCGUAUUCAGAAUAAGUUACGUAACGUACAGCUUGCCAUAGAUGACCUGCGACACGGCAUGGAACGUUAAGAGGAGGCGGAUUUUUUUUCUUUAAUUGUAACUUUUCUAUUGAUCAAGUUCAGUCAAACGAGGAAAUGAAAAAGUAAUUUACCUGCCAGGGAGUGAAAGUUGUAAAAAUUUAAUACCCAACUCUUCUCUUUUCACAACAAUCAUUUACUGUAGGAAUACCAGGGCUGAAAUUGGCAAAUCAGGGACUACUCAUUAUCCAUAACCUUAGGGGGGGGGGGGAUAGAGGGCUGGGAAGAAGGGGAAGCCAUUGCUCCCCUCCCCCCCUAAGGCUCUGUAGUAUUCUAAUGAUCCCCCUCAUUGCCAGUAAAUUUUCUAUGAUCCUCUUUUCAGUGAUGACUGAUCCCCCUCCACUCCCCCAAAACACCAUGUGAUCCCCCAAAAUCCUCCCAGUCUUCCCCCCCAAGGGAUCAAUAAUGACUUGCACUUAAGUUUAAGAUGAAUAGCUGCUUGAGGUAGAGAAUUUGAUAAUAGAAUAUUCUUAUGUGCCACUGGAAAUGCAAUCACUAAAAUAAUUUUUUUCCAUAUAGUUUAUCUUAGUUAAAUUUUCUUUUUUUAUAUUUGAACUGGUUAACUAAAGCAAUUAAGUCAAAUAACAGACGUAAAAUAGCAAUAUUGAUAAUUCUGAUUGUAAUUCAACUUUGUAAUAUAAAAUAUAUUCAGUCUUAAGU